UCGGUUCUUGCAGAAGGGAGUUGGUUCUGCACGGAACUGUUGGUAGACAUUUAACUGUCCGUUGUAACAUUUUGAAAAGUGUUUUUAAGUUUUUUUAGGAAUAUGUCUAGUCCCACAUUCAGCUGUAUAUAUCAGUGCUGAGUAGACCAUAGUGUAGAAAAUGAAUAUUAAAAACAGGUUCCGAAGCGUUGGUCUCUGUUUCCUAGUUGUAGUGCUAUACAUCUGGGUAGAGAAUUCAGAAUCUGCGGCUUGCCAUGGCUGUGCAUCGGGAUCAAAGUGUGACUGCAGCGGAGUGAAAGGGGAGAAGGGAGAGAGGGGAUUCCCAGGGUUACAAGGCCAGCUGGGACUGCCAGGAUUCCCAGGCCCUGAGGGACCGAUCGGGGGUCGAGGGGUGAAGGGGGAUGAUGGCCCACCAGGACCAGGGGGUCCCAAAGGAAUCCGAGGACCUCCAGGACUACCAGGAUUCCCAGGAACACCGGGACUUCCAGGUCUCCCUGGACAGGAUGGGCCCCCGGGUCCUAUGGGUACACCAGGGUGCAACGGAACGAAGGGAGAAAGAGGAUUCCCGGGAAGCCCAGGAUUCCCAGGUUUACAGGGUCCCCCGGGUCCAGUUGGUAUACCAGGAUCCAAGGGUGAUCCGGGCGAGGUGAUCUCAUCUAGUCGAUAUGGACAGAAAGGUGAACCAGGCCUGCCCGGGCUCCCAGGGGUUCAGGGUAAUACAGGGCUACAGGGUGUAUCGGGGCCCAUUGGGCCCCCAGGACCUCCAGGUUAUCAGGGCCCCCCCGGUCCCCCUGGUUUGCCUGGCCCCAAGGGUAAUAUGGGCUUAAAUUUCCAAGGUCCUAAAGGUGAAAAGGGCGAUCUCGGUCUCCAGGGGCCUCCUGGCCCUCCGGGGGUGAUAGGUGAACAGAAGCAGCCUAACGGGGCUGAGGUGCAGAGAGGAGACAAGGGUGAUGUUGGGUCACCUGGCCCACCAGGGCCUCCAGGGCAACCAGGCUUUCCAGGUCCCCCUGGUGGUCCAAAGGGUGAGAAAGGGGAGCCAGGUGAAGCAGGAAAGAGGGGAAAGCCUGGUAAAGAUGGUGAUCCCGGUGAGCCAGGUUUUCCGGGUCAGCCAGGGGAUCCUGGAUUUCCAGGACUACCAGGAAGAGAAGGCGAGCUGGGUGAGAAGGGUAACCGUGGUUACCCUGGCCCCCCUGGAAUUGUUGUCAGUGACCCUGGUUCAGAUAGAGUUGGACAGAAAGGUGAUGUUGGACACCCAGGAUCCCCCGGGCGGAAGGGUGAAACUGGCUUACCUGGUUUGCAAGGUCCUCCUGGUCAACCCGGUUCUCCUGGUCUGGUUCUGCCUGGUAACCGUGGUCCGCCUGGCUACCCUGGAGAGCGCGGGCAGAAGGGAGACGAGGGCCCACCUGGAGUUUCUCUUCCGGGCCCUCCUGGGAUCGAUGGGAGACCUGGAGCCCCUGGACCUGCUGGCCCUCCGGGCCUUCCAGGGACCACAGGCCCCACUGCAGGUGACCUGUGCCUGCCGGGUCCUACUGGCUUACCUGGGCAGGUGGGGGAGCGAGGAUUUCCUGGAGAGGCAGGACAGAAAGGUGAAAAGGGCGAUACCUGCAUCGACUGCUUUGGGGACGUCGAAAGAGUGCCUGGUCCUCAAGGACCCCCGGGACUACCAGGGACUCCAGGGGUUCCUGGAUUCAGUGGGCAGAAAGGAGACAGAGGGUUCCCAGGUGGACCGGGGCCUAUGGGUCCUCCAGGUUUGCCCGGCCUGCCAGGCACUCCUGGUUUUCCUGGUUCUAAAGGCGAUCCCGGCUCUGCCAUUGCGCUUCCUGGCAUGAAGGGCGACAAAGGAGAUCCAGGAUUCCCGGGGUCACCGGGCCUGCCUGGGUUGGAUGGGACGCCAGGUCAGGAUGGCCAGCCAGGAGUUCCUGGAGCCAAAGGGGAUCCUGGUUCCGCUGCAUUCAAAGGCGAAAGAGGUCCUCCAGGAGAUCCAGGCCCUUCAGGUUUCCCUGGGGAGAGGGGUCCGAUGGGCCCUCCAGGAUUUGGGCCCCAGGGUCCCCCAGGAGAGAAGGGGGUCCAGGGUGUGUCUGGUCGUCCGGGCUCUCCCGGAGCUCCAGGUUCUAAAGGAGACCCUGGCCAAACUGUGUCAGAACCAGGCUCUCCUGGGCCAAGAGGGUCGCCAGGAGAUCCCGGGUUUCCAGGGAGACCAGGUGAAUCAGGACAGCCAGGGCAGCCAGGCUUCCCAGGUGUGGGAGGACUGAAGGGUGACGCCGGCCCCCCUGGUAUAGGUCUUCCAGGACUCCCCGGACAAAAAGGCUUCCCUGGAACACCCGGCCCGCCCGGACAACCAGGAAACCCAGGCAGACCAGGCCUCGAUGGGUUCCCCGGGACACCGGGCUUACCGGGAGCCAAGGGAGAGCCAGGUUUUGGGCUUCCUGGACCUCCAGGCCUCCCAGGAAUUCCAGGAUCAAAGGGAUUCCCAGGACCAAAAGGAGACCCCGGAUUCCCUGGAUCCCCUGGUCAGCCAGGGGCCCCAGGCUUCAAUGGAACUCCAGGGCCUAAAGGUGAUGGUGGUAUUCCUGGCACACCAGGAACCCGCGGCCCCACAGGCCCCCCAGGGAUGGGUAAUCCGGGCCCCCCUGGACCUUCAGGGCCCCCCGGACCUAUCGGCCCACCAGGUGACCAAGGAUUUCCAGGCAGUAACGGAGAGAAGGGUGACCCCGGCCCCCCGGGGCUAGACAUCCCGGGCCCACCUGGUGACCGUGGUAGCCCUGGCUUUCCUGGGGGUCCAGGCCAGCCGGGAUCCACAGGCCCGCCCGGCCCACCCGGUAGAGACGGACUGCCGGGACUGCCAGGUGCGAAGGGUGAAAUGGGUGUGAUGGGAACGCCAGGCCCACAGGGACCCCCAGGUAGCCCCGGAGCCAAUGGAUUCCCCGGACCCAAAGGUGAUGAUGGCUAUCCCGGUCAGGCAGGAACCCCCGGAUUCCCUGGAGGGAAAGGGGACAAGGGUGAAUCAGGGCUGCCUGGCCCUCCUGGACGAGUGGACCCCAGUCAGGAGUACAAGGGACAGAAAGGAGACUCCGGCCUGCCAGGCCCACCUGGUUUGCCCGGUCAGAAGGGCUUCCCCGGUCUAACUGGAGACCCUGGAUUGCCAGGACAGGAUGGCCUCCCAGGAUUACCAGGUCCAGGAGGUCUCAAAGGAGACCCAGGAAACCCCGGCCAGCCAGGAUCCAGUGGCAUUCCAGGACAGAAGGGUGCCAUGGGAGAGAUGGGCUUCCCUGGUCCUUCUGGUGCUAAAGGUUCUCCUGGAGGAUCAGGAAGGCCAGGUCAGCCCGGACAGCCAGGCAGCCCCGGAUUAAGAGGAGAAAAGGGAGACCCUGGUCUGCCCGGUGUGGGAGUGCCAGGUUUGCAUGGCCCCAAGGGUGAUCCAGGCCAGCCCGGAUUCCCUGGUUCCCCUGGGCCGAAGGGCUCAGCAGGUACCCCCGGUCUGCCAGGACUGCCAGGGAGCCCCGGGGUGAAGGGAGACCCCGGCCUGCCAGGAUUCCAGGGUCCCUCUGGGAUCCCUGGUCCGAAGGGUCUUGAUGGAGCUCCGGGUGGCCCUGGUCUCAGUGGCUCCCCUGGAAGGCCUGGCUCGCCGGGCAGCCCAGGAAGUCCAGGCCUCCCUGGAGAGAAGGGACAAGCUGGACGGGACGGCAUUCCGGGGCCUGCCGGAAACAAAGGAGACCCCGGUCCGCCUGGCUUCGGACGUCCCGGAUCCCCAGGUCUCCCAGGAUUACCAGGCCAAAAGGGAGAUCCUGGUUUCCCUGGCGCCCCAGGUAGCAAUGGCUUUACAGGUCAGAAAGGUGAACAAGGAUUCCCAGGGUUGCCUGGUCCACUAGGCCCCCCUGGUCCCCCUGGCCCCCCAGGCCAGCCCCGAGAAGGACCCAAGGGGAACCCAGGAGCACUGGGCCCCCCUGGGAGGAAUGGUUCUCCAGGUCAUCCAGGUCAGCCAGGUCGAGAAGGUCCCCCUGGGCCCCCAGGCAACGGUGGAGUGAAAGGAGAGAAGGGCAACCCAGGCAGUCCUGGCCAGCCUGGAUUCCCAGGCCUCAAGGGAGAGACUGGACCUCCAGGAUUUUCAGGUACCCCUGGUAUUCGUGGAGGAAGUGGUCAAAAAGGAGACACCGGCUACCCAGGCGUGCCAGGAUUCCCAGGGAUGAAGGGUCUUCCUGGGACCCCCGGUGCUGCCGGAUUAACAGGAGAUCCUGGUGAACCCGGCCCUGUAGGUCCCCCAGGGCUUCCUGGUCCAGCCUCUGCUCCCAUAACAGUGAAGGGAGAGCGAGGAUUCCCGGGGCCCCCAGGCCAGCCUGGCAGUCGCGGGCCCCCAGGACCCCCAGGCCAUUCAGGCCUGCCAGGACCGAUAGGACAAUCUGGAGAUCCUGGACGAGAUGGUGUCCCUGGCUUCGAUGGUCCUCCAGGACUUAAAGGAGACUCCGGUCCAUCUGGACAACCAGGUCAGCGUGGUUUCAACGGCCCUCCUGGUCCUGAUGGAUUACAGGGUCCCCCCGGCCCCCCUGGGACCGCCUCAGUCGCCCAUGGCUUCCUGAUCACCCGCCACAGCCAGAGCGAGGAUGUGCCACAGUGCCCGACCGGCACUAGCUCUAUCUACGACGGCUACUCCCUGCUGUAUGUGCAGGGCAAUGAGCGGGCACAUGGACAGGACCUGGGUACGGCAGGAAGCUGUCUGCGUCGCUUCAGCACCAUGCCCUUCAUGUUCUGCAACAUCAACAACGUGUGUAACUUCGCCUCCAGGAACGAUUACUCCUACUGGCUCUCCACUCCCCAGCCCAUGCCAAUGAGCAUGGCGCCUAUAACCGGGGAGAGCAUCCAACCGUUCAUCAGCAGGUGUACAGUGUGUGAAGCCCCUGCCAUGGUAAUCGCUGUGCACAGCCAGACCAUCCAGAUCCCCUCCUGCCCUCAGGGCUGGUCCUCCCUCUGGAUCGGAUACUCCUUCAUGAUGCACACCAGUGCAGGCGCGGAGGGCUCCGGGCAGGCCCUGGCAUCACCCGGCUCCUGUCUGGAGGAGUUCCGCUCCGCCCCUUUCAUUGAGUGCCACGGCCGUGGCACCUGCAACUACUACGCUAACUCCUACAGUUUCUGGCUGGCCACUAUUGAGCUGUCAGAAAUGUUCAGUAAACCUCAGUCAGAGACUCUGAAAGCAGGUAACCUGGGUUCCCGAAUAAGCCGCUGUCACGUAUGCAUGAAGAGAACGUAACCCUUCAGAGCACACAAGCAACGAGGUGCAAAUCCCAGUUGCAUUGUCUUCCAGUUCAACUAAACAAGGUGCUACUGUGCAACACAACACAGACUUUCUCAAGUAAACAAACCCAAAACGUACCUCAGAGUGCCGUAGCGGAGAGGUGUACGGUGCAUUUUCUCAGACAGGCUGAGAGAAGAUUGAAAAGUUUUUACAUUUUAUUUUUAUUGUUGCAACACAUUCGCAAAGAAGUGCAUUGGGUGUGUUUUUGAGAAGAAGGAAUUCUCUCCAUGUUCCCGAACCGGCACUUUGUCAUACGAUUCGCAGAGAAGUGAUGCACUGAAGACUCGAGAGUGAGACUGCGUUUUAUUUUUUUUCUUUUCAUUUUUUUUUUUCUCAUGGUGCUACUAACACUACUGUAUCCCUGACUCAAUUGUAACCCUUCUUUUAUUGUAAGUAAUACAAUGUGUAUAUUGUGUAAACCACCUUUUUAGUGUAAAAGUUUCAACAACGUGCAUUGUUGUUGAGGGUCACGCUUUUGCUCACACACAGACGGUAAAAAGUGAACGUACUAGAAAUAAAACAGUAUUUAAGAUUCAGUUGUGUAAACUGUAUUUGGCAAUGGAGGGUUUUUAUAACUUUCUGAUCGUAAAUCUUUCAAAAAAAUAACUACUGAUUUUACAAGUAUGUACACAGGAAAUCCCACUAUUAGCGUCUUUUGAAAAUGUAUUAUAAAAUAGUACUCUCUUUUUUCUGGGUUUUAAGAUAUUUUAUGCCAUUUAACUAAAAGGGGCUGAUCUUUUUCCGAAAUGGUAUUAUGUGGAAUCAUGACAUUAGCCAUACUAGCAACCUUUUUAAAUGUCUGAAUUAGGUUUUUAUAUAACACAAAAACAUUUGUAAAGCAAAUUUUUUUUUUUUUUAACUUCCAUACUAGCCCUUUUAAAUAAAUUCAGU